CCAGUCCAAAGGUAUGGUGUCUGUUGUAGAAAUGGUACCUUUUACCUUCAGCCAGCCACCUAACCCAUCCCUGCAGGCUGGGGUGGCAGUGGGUGAGGUGGCAGGAUUUCUGAACCACCUUGCAUAUCUCCCCAGACACUGAAUGUGACCUCUCUUGGGUGUUUCUAGCAUCUGCUGGACCGGAGGUGGUACUUGAUUACAGUGCUUCCUGAUAAAGAUGGCAGAGAUCUAGGCCAGUCUUUUGUGUUUAAAAAUAUUUUAACUUUCUUAGACUAGCUCUUCUUUUGGGAUUGAUACUAAGGCUGUUAGAGUUGUUUAGGUUUGUAUUUUCCUUCUAUACUCAUAAGCGAUGCCUUCCUGAUAGCCUGAUAUAAAGCACGGGAUCUAAUUGGCAGUUUAGAACUUAGUUAUUGUAGUCUCAGCUUAUUUUCGCUGACAGAUCUUGGUCUGAUUUAUCACUCCUGCUGCUGCAGUGCAUUGUAUAACGAAGCAUGUUCAGCUGAACAAUUCCAAUCGAUUUGGAGGACUUCCCUAAUGGAAUUGCUGGUUUUCUCAGAGAAAUACUUGGUUUUGUGACAUCAGCUCCUUGACAUCCAUGCCAUGUUUUAGUUUGUGCCUCAGCUGCUAGCUAUAGCCUCUCAAGGGAGCCAGUACCACCCGUGCCUGGAUACAUGAGCAGAGAUGUGAAAGAGAGAGACGGGGGUAACCAGUCUUCCAUUAAAUAUUUGCUCUUUAAUGUUGGAGCUGAUCCUGCCUAUUGUCCUUGGUAUCUAAUGGUAUUCAAACAGAGGCAUCCGUGGAAUAAAGGGGGAAAAUGUUUCAUUUCAUACCUACUACGUCGUAAAGCGUAAAGAAUUACAUGCUGAAGAAGCUAAAGAAUAAAACCCAAGUCAAUCUACCGCCGGGGAGCCAGAAGAUGGAGGAAGCUGUACCGAGUGAAUGGGCAUUUGUUUCAAGCCAAACGUUUUAACAGAAGAGCGUACUGUGGCCAGUGCAGUGAAAGGAUAUGGGGUCUCGGAAGGCAAGGCUACAAGUGUAUCAACUGCAAGUUGUUGGUCCAUAAGCGUUGCCAUAUACUUGUUCCACUGACCUGCAAAAGGCAUAUGGAUUCGGUCAUGCCUUCCCAGGAACCUCAGUUAGAUGAUAAAAACAAUGACGUUGGCCUCCCUUCAGAAGAAACUGAUGGAAUUCCCUACAUUCCUUCAAACCGGAAACAUGACAACAUUAAAGAUGACUCUGAGGAAAUCAAACCGGUCAUUGAUGGAAUGGAUGGAAUUAAGAUUUCUCAGGGGCUUGGACUACAGGACUUUGAUUUAAUCAGAGUUAUCGGACGUGGAAGUUAUGCCAAAGUUCUUUUAGUUCGGUUAAAAAAGAAUGAUCAAAUUUAUGCUAUGAAAGUAGUGAAAAAAGAAUUGGUCCAUGAUGAUGAGGAUAUUGAUUGGGUACAGACAGAGAAACAUGUGUUUGAACAGGCAUCCAGUAACCCAUUCCUAGUUGGUUUACAUUCAUGCUUUCAAACAACAAGUCGAUUGUUUCUUGUCAUAGAGUAUGUAAACGGGGGAGAUCUUAUGUUUCAUAUGCAACGGCAAAGGAAGCUUCCUGAAGAACACGCAAGGUUUUAUGCUGCUGAAAUUUGUAUUGCUCUAAACUUCCUCCAUGAAAGAGGCAUAAUCUACAGAGAUUUAAAACUAGAUAAUGUUCUUCUAGAUGCAGAAGGUCAUAUCAAGUUAACAGAUUAUGGCAUGUGCAAGGAAGGUUUGGGCCCUGGUGACACUACAAGCACUUUCUGUGGGACACCAAAUUACAUUGCACCAGAGAUCCUCAGAGGAGAAGAAUAUGGGUUCAGUGUGGACUGGUGGGCUCUCGGCGUGUUGAUGUUUGAAAUGAUGGCAGGAAGGUCUCCGUUUGAUAUUAUUACUGACAAUCCAGACAUGAACACUGAAGAUUACCUCUUCCAAGUUAUUCUCGAGAAGCCUAUCCGGAUUCCAAGGUUUCUUUCUGUCAAGGCUUCCCACGUGUUAAAAGGAUUUUUAAACAAGGAUCCCAAAGAAAGGCUUGGUUGCCAGCCACAGACAGGAUUUUCUGAUAUCAAGUCUCAUACGUUUUUCCGCAGCAUAGACUGGGACAUGCUGGAGAAGAAGCAAACCACCCCCCCGUUCCAGCCUCAGAUCACAGACGAUUACGGUCUGGAUAACUUUGACACGCAGUUCACCAGCGAGCCUGUGCAGCUAACCCCGGAUGAUGAAGAUAUAAUAAAGCGAAUAGAUCAGUCAGAGUUUGAAGGAUUUGAAUACAUUAAUCCAUUGUUGCUGUCAACAGAAGAAACGGUAUGAAGGAAUGACAUCUUUUUUGUGGACAGUGUGAAUGACCUUUAAAUUUAUCCUUAACCACAGUAUAUGCAUGCGAGGCUGGGGAACUGUAACAUUUUGGAUGGAGACCAAUGAUUUAAAAAAACCCCAACAAAUUGCUGCUGAAAAUCAAAGAAGAGAACAAUGAUUUUGGUGGGUGUCUUCUGCCACUUGGUGAUUCUGAAGUUCUGGGCACUGACACAACUGGCUUCAUUAAUGAAGGAAUUUGCAUUUUGUGCCUGUUUCAUGAAGGAUUGAGACAUUCAUUGCAUCCCUGGAAAAGGAGAUUCUGGAAAACUUUGAGACCCACACACUUCCUACAAACGCUUGAUGCAAUGAGCUACCAAUUGAAGAGUAUUACAGUGUAACAUCCUGAAGAAUAAAAUACAUUACAGUGGUGUUGAAGCUUA